GACAUUGCUUACAAUAUGAGAUCACGCACGCAUAGUAAUUGCUUUUUGGGAUAUAAAAUAACUUAUAGCAACUUGGCACAGACCUUCAGACUUUUCUGACUCUGUUUUCUGACUGUUGCUAUGAAGUUAUGCUUAGAUGAUAAUUUUUACUAGAAUAAUUUUAAAUAAUUUGAAUAAAUUUAAACCGAUGAUCAAAAAUUCCCAAAAUCCUAUUGACCCGUUUCAGUUUCGUCACUUUUCCCCUUAGCCUCCAUAUUGGUGACCAUCAGUGGGAGGAAACAUGGGAGGUGAAUGGAGAAACGCCCAAAAAAACGAUAUCAACAAAAACAUUAUAAAAUGAUUUUUGAUCCAUGCCAAGUCCCAGGAACAGGUCUGAAGACAGCACAAAUAUUACCAAAUUGAACUUUGGCAGACAUUUAAAGAUAUUUUAUCCACAGUUCAUCUCUGUACGCCGGCGAGUCUGAUGUGUGAACGGCGAGUACACCCACCCACCGGAGAAUCACUAGAUAGUGCUACUGAGUCCACAUUUCAGUCAUACAGGAAGGAGUGGGAUGACUUGUUCCAAAACAGUAACUACCUGUCUUGGAUCAGGCAGGCAGGCAUUAAUGGACGAUUACGGAGCAGCCGAUUCCGCAGUGUAUGCUGGAAGCUUUAUCUGGAUGUCCUGCCUGAAGAUAAGAGUCAAUGGAUCAUCAGAACCAAGGAGCUCCGAGCACAGUACGAGAAGAUCAAAGAGAUGCACAUUACAAACCCUCGCAAAGCUGCUGGCCAACAGGACCUGAUGGUGAACAACCCACUCUCACAGGAUGAGGGGAGUCUUUGGAAUAAGUUCUUUCAGGAUAAGGAGCUAAGGGGGAUGAUCAAACAGGAUGUGUUACGAACGUUUCCAGAGAUGCUGUACUUCCAGGAAGAGGAUGUUAGGACGAAGCUGACUGAUAUUCUCUUCUGCUAUGCACGAGAGAACGAGCAACUACUAUACAAACAGGGCAUGCAUGAGUUAUUGGCUCCUAUUGUGUUUGUUCUUCACUGUGAUCACCAGGCAUUUCAGCAUGCCAGUGAGACGGCCAAUCCCAGUGAAGAGAUGAAAGUCCUUCUUGAUCCUAAAUUCCAUGAGCAUGAUGCCUAUGCUAUGUUUUCUCAGCUCAUGGAGACAGCAGAACCCUGGUUCAGUAGUUUUGAGCGGGAAGUCAGAAAGGGUAAAGAGGAAAUGCUAACCAGCAUCCCCUUUGCGAGACCACAGGACUCCGGCCCCUCUGUUGCCAUAGUGACCAAAGUCAACCGAAUUCAGGACCAGCUAGUAAAGAAACAUGACAUUGAACUGUACAUGCACCUCAACAGACUAGAGAUAGCUCCCCAGAUCUAUGGCAUACGCUGGGUUCGAUUACUGUUUGGUCGGGAGUUUCCUUUGCAGGAUCUGCUGGUCGUCUGGGAUGCUCUCUUUGCUGACAGCAUCACCUUGGACCUGGUGGACUAUGUGUUCGUUGCUAUGCUUCUAUACAUCAGAGAUGCAUUGAUCGCUAGUAACUUCCAGACGUGUCUUGGUCUCCUGAUGCACUAUCCUCCUAUAGGAGACAUCCACUCACUUCUGCUAAAAUCACUAUUCCUCAGAGACCCUAAGAAUAAUCCUCGGCCGAUGAACUAUCAGUUCCAGCAGAACCUUGACUACUACAAAACACGUGGGGCCGACCUGGUCAACAAGACUCGGGCAAGCACUAAAGCAGCUCCUCUCAACAUUAAUAAAGUGUCCAGUUCUCUUCUCAAUUUCGGCCGAAAGCUCAUCGCUCCGAUUGGAGGCGGGCCCAGCGGGAUCUCGCCAAUUAACAGUGAGGUGAUAUCAGCCCCACCCGCUCAAGCUCCAGUGACACGUCCAUUGGCUGAGCCUCCGUCUUGCACCACCCCCUCAAACACACACAUGCAAUCUCAACCACACUCUCAAAUGCAGCAUCAGCACCGACUGCUGAAGUCAGAGAGCAUGCCCGUGCACCUCAGCAAAGACGUAGGUCCUUGUGGCGGUUCUCAGAUAUCUCUCCCAGCCCAGAUUCACUCUGAUACCCAAGGCCACACCUCCAGGACUAUUAGCUCCUCCCCCAGCAUUGAGAGUUUAUCUGGUGGGCGGGACCAUGCAAUGUCUUCCCCUCCUCUUCCUGUGUCCGGGGGGCGAGAGUCCAGCACAUCCUCUCCACCCUCCUCUGCCACGAAGAAAGACUCUUUCUUUAUUAUCAAUCGCUCACGGUCCCACAGUAAAUCUAUAAACAAGAAAGACACGGAGGAGCUGGAAGCCCAGGUGUCAUUCUUACAGGGUCAAAUUAAUGAUCUAGAGGCCAUGAGUAAAUUCUGUGCCAAGAUGAUGAACAUGCACAUAGGCAAAAUUCAAGAUGUGAUACUGCAGGAGCAUCUGGAGAAGGAAGAUGAGGUACUGGUGUCACUUGCUGGACUCAAACAGAUUAAGGACAUCCUGAAGGGGGCUCUUCGAUUCAACCAGAGCCAGCUGGAGUCAGAGGAGAAUGAAGAGAUCACUAUAGCCGAUGAUCACUACUGCUCUUCUCAGUACAGCACACUAAAGAACCAGACUGAUCCAGAUGGCUUGUCUACAAACACAACUGAUUCUACAAACAGUCUACAAAAUGCUCCACAGCGCUACAACCUCCAGGAAGGAGACAUGGUAGAAGAGACAGAACAAGAGGACGAGAAGGUCUUGACCACUGAGAGUGUCACCAAAAUACAAGAGCCACAGGCUGCUGAGGGGAAAAACUGGGACGACUACAUCCUGGUUUCGCAGGAUGAAGAGCCAGCUGAGAGUGAGGAACAAAGUUUGACCACCACAGCUCCACUCUUCAAGCAUGUGCGAGGCCUAAACAAGGCGGAUUUCCGAGACCCCUUGAUGGGAACCACAUCUGGGUCUUCUAGUCCAGAUGAUGGCAGCACUCACAGCAAAGACUCUGACUUCACUAUUGUUAAUCCUACUGACCUUUGAACCUUGACUCUCCCUAAACAUGACUUGACCCAUCUUCAACACUUCAAUCCUCUAGGGGGAAAAACUUUGCUGGAUGUACGCUGAUUGCCUUAUGUGCCCCUAUGCCCUGAUACUGAAACCCUAAACCACAUAUUUCCUAAAUCUCUGACCUUUGACUGUGUAUUUAUGUUCUAAGUGCAUCCUUAGUCAAAACCGCUCCUUUCUGCGUGCCCUAAACUCAAGCCUAUUGUUCUGUUAAUUAAAUCUAGUAUCUAAAGCCAUAAAAACUGCCUCAGUUUAGUCAAAUUCUCCAUACUGCAAUUUUUCUUAAACGCCCUAAUUGCUGACGUUUUGGCCCUCACAUUGGCUUUUACGUUGAAACCAAUAGUUAUUUUUCUCCUAGAUCAAUAUCCUGUGAAGUAUUUUUAUUAAUAGACACUCUCUGCCUCAGACAAAAGCUAUAUUCUGCUUUACUUUUUCUCCCUCUAGCUCAGUACUUUUCUCGGAGUACUGACUGUAGCGAUAAGGAUGAGACACUGAUAAAUGCUUAAUCCAGCGGGAGAGAGCAGCUUAUUUAUCAUCAAUAUGGACUGACCCUCUCUUUCUCGUUCACUCACUCAUCAUUGAUUGUUCAUGAACCAGUGCCUGAAUAGUUGUCCUUUUUUUUUUUUUUUUUGUUUUUUGUUUUUUUAGAUUGAGAUUUUAGUCCAUAGGCCACAACAUAGGCAUUUGUUAAAUUAUGGAUUUCUUUUUCAUAUUUGUCAUUUAUUUUUAAGCCAAUUAUAUGUAAAAUGUUUGUGUUCUAAUGUUUCUCUGAUGGUGUCAGUAGUCUCAUUUUGUAUCGAUUCCCGUGGUAACUGUGUAUUGUUUUGCACAUAACACGAGGGAUGUUCUAAUCCUGAUAUCCUAUUAACUCUGGAUGAAUAAAAGCAUUACUUUUGCCUAA